AUGGAUGAUGAUGAGGAUCUGUUCGCUUCUGAUGUUGAAGACGACAAGGAGAAAACUGUGAAUCCAGAAGACAAGAAGCACGCGUUGAGAAGAGAUCUCCGCACAAUGGUUUAUGGAUUCGGCGACGAUAAGGAGCCGUACGACAAAACCCUCGACGUGUUGGAGGCGAUAGUUCUGAACUACAUCAAGGAGUUGUGCCAACUUGCAAUGAAAGUCGGAAAGCCAGACAGAAUGGCACUCGAGGAUAUUCACUAUCUGAUCCGUCGUGAUCAGAAGAAGUUCUCCCGUGUCAAGGAUCUUCUUUCAAUGUCGGAGGAGUUGAAGAAGGCCAGAAAGCAGUUCGACGAAGUGAAACCAAUUUUAUAA